AAUCAGUAAGAUUACCACUUCCUUUUGUUUGUCUAAGUUCUUUUUUUCUACAAAAGGUUACAGCCAGUCUGUUCUUCUCUCAUGGUGGGGUUGCACAUAUUUGAGGCUUACGUACAGGAAAAAGCGUUUCAUAACUAUUCCAAAAAUAAUAAACAACACAAAGUACGCACAAUCUAGCCUACAAGGGACAGAUUGAACUGUUUGGUUUCCCGUGGAUUUUAAGACAGACUAGGGCAUUCAAUUGUAUAUAUAUUUAUAUUUUCUGAGUUGGAUUGUGAACUGGGAUGUCGUCCAAUUUAUUUGAAAACCCUGAAGGGUCACGUUCAAACACACCAUCAAUUUCUGAUACAAACAAGGAGAUACAUCGUGAUGAAGAUGACAUGGAAAUAGAUGCAUUGGCUGGUGCCUCCGACAUCGAGCUUCUGUCGGAUGAAAGUGACUAUGCUACGCGAGAACCGUUUUUCCUAGGGUCUGAUAGUGACGAUGAAUGGGUGGAAGAUGAUGCAGAUGAAGACUACGAUUUCUUGGAUGCGGUUCGUGAAGCAGGGAACUUCAGAUCUAGAAAACCUAAAAAGUCUGCCAAGUCAUCCUUCUUGAAAAGAUCUAUGCGUAGAACCAAGAAUGAUGAUCCAGAAAUCCAUCACUUGCUUGCGUUGGGUAAUAAGGCCUUUGUAGAUAAAGAUUGGGAAGGAUCAUUGGAAAUCUUCAGAGAAGUUAUUCGUAAAGAUAACAAGAACUUUGCCGCUUAUAAGACCCUGGGGGAAAUCUAUCGAGAACUUGGUAUGCUCAAUGAAUGUUGUAAUUAUUGGUUUUUAGCAGCCACCAUGAAUUCUGCAGAUGGGGAGUUUUGGGGCACUGUGGGGCAUCUUAGUGCAGAGCUUGGACAUACCGAGCAGGCAAUUGAAUGUUACACUAGAGCCAUUGGUGCCAGUAACAAUAAGGAUAUGAAGGCAAUCCUAGCCCGUGCCAAAUUGUAUAAGGAGCAAAAGAGAUGGGGAAGAGCAUUGGAAGGAUUUCAAAAAGUCCAUCUUGCCAACCCUACCAAUACUAAAAUUAUCAAGGAAUUGGCUAGUAUUUAUGUCGAGCAAAAGCGUGUCAAUGAUGCCAUCAAGUUAUAUAUGGAUAUUUUGGAUCAAAACAUUAAUCCUGAUGCUGCCAAUAAGCACGCUACUCCGAAAUUCACUUGGUCAGAAUUGAAUAUUUUAUCCGAAUUAUGUGCCACUCUGCAUUCGUAUAGAUUGGGGAUUAAAGUUCUUAAAUUGCUGUCAAGAUGGAUUCAAGGUAGACUUGAAGAAACAUGGUGGGAUGAAGUUGAUGAUGACUCUGAAUUUGAUGCCAGAAGAUUCUUGGGUAUGGACAAACGUCCAUAUUCCGAACAAUUGGCUGCCAAGGAGAAACCAUAUGAAAUUCCUAUUGAUAUUAGAUUUAAAUUAGGAACGCUUAGACUUGGACUUGGUGACAAAGAUGAAGCCUUGAGACACUUUGAAUUUUUGAAAACUGAAGAAAAUGUUUUGGAUUUAUAUUGGGAAGCUGGGGUAUUACUUGAAUCAAAUGGAUAUUAUGAAGAUGCUUUAACUUAUUUGGUGAAAUAUGAGGAAGAAGAAUCAGAAGGAGAAAUGGAAAAUGAAGCGCAAUUGAUUUCUCUUUUGGGUAAAUGUUAUCAAGAAGUGGGAGAAUAUCAAAAGGCAGCUGCUGCAUAUGAAAUUAUCAUUCACUCCAUGCCUGAUGAUAUCGAUACUAAAUUGGCAUUGGCUGAAGUCCUCUACCAUAUAGGAGAAAUUGAAGCAUCUCAACAAUUAUUGAAAGAAGUUGCAAAUCAAGCGAAAAAAAGUGGUGAAGUCAUUGAAGGAGAAGAGAAAACUCAAAAUGAGGGCGCAACACAAGGUGACAAUGCUAUUAUUCAAAACCAUAUAAUCCAAAGAGCAAGAAAGACAAAAUUAAGUGACGAAGAAAAGAUUGAGCUCGAAAACAACGCCAAGCGGAAAGUUUUGGAGAAAUACCAUAGAAUGCAAAGACUCGAAGCUGCUAUAAUUAAGGGAGAUAGUGUUGCUAUCACUGCAUGGAUUCAAUUGGCGUCACAAUUGGUUGAAAUGUUCAUGAGUGUUCGUAGUUUCUUCCCCAGAGAUAAAAACAGAAUUUUCAAAGGUAUUGUGUUUUAUAGAAGAAAGAAACAAAUGGGUAUAGAUGAAAAGAUGGCGAGAAUCUACAAUUUACAUGAAGGUAUCAACACAGAUGACUCACAGGCGAGACUGGUGUUGACCUCCAAGAAGGAUUAUCGUGGUCUUGACUAUAACAUUUGGUUUACCAUUUUCGUUCAAUAUGCGUUAUCACUUGCCAAAUUUGAAGGUAAUCUUGAAUACGCAGUCCAAAUCACUGACGUUGCCACUGAUGUCAGUGUCUUUGUUCAAGACAAAAACAAGGAAAUGAUAUUGAAGAUGUUGAGACUUAUGUUUGGUAUUGCGCAAAAGGAUGUCAAUGCAACAGUUAUGACCUAUGUUCGGUUCUUUUUGUCUGCCAACCAAUUCUCUCCGUUCAUCUAUAAAUUCUUUAUGUGUUGCUUUUCGUCAGGUAUUGAAGCAUGGGAAACAUUUUCCAAUUAUAACCAUCAAAAAUUCUUUCUUCGUCAAUUGAAAGCGUUUGAUUCCAUUUUAACCUAUCAGAAACAUAUUACUGGUAUGGCCACACUUACGGCAGACGUCAAAAGUAUCAAGACCAAAAGAGAACAUGCUGAGCUUUUGUACGUCUACGCAAACUUAUUGGGUGGUAGUAGAAGUUAUGUUUCUUCAAUUGUAUACCUUAAUCGUGCUUACAAGCAUUACAAUCGUGACCCAAUGAUCUGUCUUGUUUUGGGGUUGGCCCAUGUCCAUAGAUCAAUGCAACGGUUGAGUAGUAACAGACACAUUCAACUACUACAAGGGGUGAGUUACAUCUUGGAAUACACCAAACAUCGUUCUCUUGAUGCUAGCCCUUAUGAACUACAAGAAAUCAAUUACAAUCUCGGACGUUUGUUCCAUAUGCUUGGAUUAACUACUCUCGCAGUCAAUUCUUAUAAUAAAGUAUUUGCCUUACAUGACUCUAUUGAAGACGAAGAUUUCAACCUCCUGAUGGAAGCUGCUUACAACCUUUCCUUAAUUUAUAAUAUCAAUGGGAAUUCAAACUUGGCUAGAGACAUAACCGAGAAAUACUUGGUGGUAUAGGGGAGGGGUCAUGUGACUUUGUUAAAUCCUGCAUAUCUACAUUUAUAAAAAAAUGUAAGAUUUUAUUUU